AUCAGCUAAACUCUUAAUGAGUGCUGGCAGCAGUGAAGAAAAUAUAGAUGACAUUAUUGAUGAAAUCUGUAAUGACAGCAGCUUCACCAAAGCACCUCUGAAAUUGAAGUCUGACUCUGCAAGUCUCACACCCGAAAGACGUAGUGCUGUUGUACAGGCUUAUAGGAAAAGAUGCUGUCCAGUGUACCUGGGUGGAAGUUCUUCCCCAUAUGGCAUAGGAACAAAUGUUUCAAAAAGAACAUGUGAUCAACUACGUUGUACUGCUUGUGACUUCCGGGUGUCACUUUUCAAUGACUACAUCUGGGAUCAGUCCUGUGAUUACCUUUUUUUCAGGAAUAACAUGCCUGAGCUCAGUAAACUAAGAGCGAAGAUGAUAAAGAAGAAAGGAGCACGGGCGUAUGCUUGUCAGUGCAGCUGGAGAUCCAUCGAUGAAUUAACUGACCUCCAAACAGAGCAGCAGCUUCGAUGGGUUUGUGGUAAACAUGCAGAAUGA